GUAAACUGAGGUCUGUGCGACCGGACCGGACAUGAGCGUCCGGGAGCCGGACGAGGGGACCCCUGUGCCCGACCACCGCGGCCUCUGCGAUGCUGACACUAUCCCGGGGACCCCAGGCUGGCGUCCGCUGCUCGGCGAGAAGGCGGUGACAGGUGAGGGCAGCGCGGGGAUCGUGGGGAGCCCAGCGCCCCGGGGUGUCGCGGGCCUUGGCCCCCAGGUGCGGGUGGCCGCAGCUAGGCAAGGAGAGACUCCGCCUGUUGUCGAGGGCCCCGCGGCGGCGGCGUUCGUGGCACCGAAAGAUGCGGAGAAGGCCCUAGAAACUCGGGGAGCGGAGGCCCGGGCCCACGACGUGAAGAUUGAACGGGCCACCGUCGCGGUGGCAGCGCGAGAGCAGUCAGAAGUGGCGAUGCAAGGGAGUGAGGAGGUGAUGGAGGUGGAGCAGAAGCCCGCGGGUGAAGAAAUGGAGAUGCCGGAGGCUAGUGGAGGAGCCAGGGAGGCGCAGGAGGAGGCAGGGCCUUGGCACCUGGGCAUCGAUCUUCGCACGAACCCGCUGGAGGCCAUCCAGCUGGAACUGGACACCGUGAAUGCUCAGGCCGACAGGGCCUUCCAACAUCUGGAGCAGAAGUUUGGGCGGAUGCGGCGACACUAUCUGGAGCGAAGGAACUACAUCAUUCAGAAUAUCCCAGGCUUCUGGAUGACCGCCUUCCGCAACCACCCUCAGUUGUCCGCCAUGAUUAGGGGUCAGGAUGCAGAGAUGUUAAGGUACAUAACCAAUCUGGAGGUGAAGGAACUGAGGCAUCCUAAGACUGGCUGCAAAUUCAAGUUCUUUUUCCGAAGAAACCCCUACUUCAGAAACAAGCUGAUUGUCAAAGAAUAUGAAGUGAGAUCAUCCGGCCGAGUGGUGUCUCUUUCCACUCCAAUCAUAUGGCGGAGUGGGCAUGAGCCCCAGUCCUUCAUUCGCAGAAACCGAGACCUCAUCUGCAGCUUCUUCACCUGGUUCUCAGACCACAGCGUUCCAGAAUCUGACAGGAUCGCCGAGAUUAUCAAAGAGGACCUGUGGCCAAACCCACUGCAAUACUACCUGUCUCGUGAAGGAAUCCGUAGACCCCGACGUCGCCCAAUAAGGGAACCAGUGGAGAUUCCCAGGCCUUUUGGCUUCCAGUCAGGCUAACCUUGCUUUUGAAAAUGCAGCUGGCUGGAAUAAGUCCCUUCUCGCCUGUGCUUGAGCAAAUGCACCGGGUACGCAGUGUUUUGAUUUCUUUCCUCCUGACUUUUCAGCAUCUUCUGUUUGGAUAGUCUCCUCACCUCGAGAUUAAGACUGUGGGCAUGCUUCUGCCUUCACAUGGCUCCCAUGCUGUCCUGAAUUAGUAUCUGCCGGUUCGUGGCCCUGACUUGUACCUUUUCUAAGCUUAACAGUGAAACUUUGUAUCGCACUGCCUUUACACUGUGUGGACGCUGUUUUCAGUGUUACCCAUUUACUGCCACCUAGAUGUCUUGCUUUAUCUGGGGGCUCUUCUAUUUACCUGUUCAGCACGUGGCAAUGUGGGCAAAAAGUUUUCAGACAGUUGCUGGGCCUAAAGGUCAUUGCAGGAGUGGGCCACCUUCUGUGUCAUUUUGUGACUUUUUCUAGGCUUCAUUGUGUUUGCCAGUACUCCUCACCCUCACUCUCCCACCUUUCUCCUGUUAUUUUAAAGAAAAGUAGUUCAAAAACACCUGUAAGAUCAGGAGUUGUAGUUCAUUUAUACUCAGCAUUUCCUGAGAGGAUGCUCUGUAAAAGAGGUCACAGAACUCUGCCUUGUCUCCUCUCUUACCCACUCCUCAGCCUGGUUAGCUAGCAAGUCCUAAAAAGCUUAUAUGGAGACAGAAUACAGAGACAGAAUUAGAUGGAAACAGGUGAGCUUUUCCUAAUAAUGUAUGGAAGAACUAAAGAGAUUGUGAUGGGUACCUUAAGCAGGAAAAGUGAGCUGAAAAUGAAAAGGCUUAGAGUCAAAGUAAGUCAGAUAAAAAUUGGGCUGAGGAUGAAGACAGGAUGAGAGCUUUCAUAUUUUGGCCAGUCAUUGGUGAUGGGAAGAGAAUUUCUCAGGAAAAAUACUUUCUCUGAGUGUUGAAUGUUGCCUAGACAACGCUUCUUUAAAGAAGCAGUUCACGUUUGGGUUAUUUUUCUCUCUUUAUAUGUGAUCUAAUGUAAGUGAAAGGGUAAUACUGUGUUCAUAUUUUACCAACAUUUAGUAAAAUGCUACUUGUUUCUACUUACUGGAGAAAUUUAAACACUUUCAUUUGCAUUCAUUUGAAACCACUUGGAAGAGCAAUAGACUUAAGUGAAUAUUCAUAACAGUUUUCAAUAUUAAUCCAAAUUCUUAGAAACAGCUUGGAUAAUUUGGUCUUUAUCAAAUGUGUCAAGUUAUUGACUUAUGGAAAAGUAAAUAUGUGACUUGAUUGACUUGAUAGUCUCUUCUUAAACUGCACAUAGUUAUAAAAGUUCUUUGUCAGAUUAGCACUGUACUCGGAGUGUAUUUGUUGCUGUUUGUAUGCAUGAUGGUAAAUAAAAGCAUGGUACCCA